AUGUCUUUCCUUGCGUUGUUCAACAAGUCAGUGCAGCCACUGCAUUACAAGCUGCUCGCUCAUUUAACUGCCUAUAAUGGCUCUAUCCAUGCACUUGCGAUUUCUAAUGAUGGACACCUGCUUGCAUAUGGUGGUACCGAGGGAAUCAAACUCUGGGAUAUCAAAUCUCGGAAAGAACUCACAUCUUCGGCUAAUCAUCAUGAAUCAAGGGGAACAGUCAGUUGCGCAAUCUGGGCCAUGACUAUGAAAACCACAGCAGAAACCCUCUGUUAUGGAACAGGCCUGGGUUAUAUCAUAUGUUUGCGAUGCAGUCUCACAGAUGAAAAAUUCCAGGAAAUAUGCGCCAGGAGACUGGGAUCAGGUUUUGAGAUCACAUGCUUGUCAUGGUGUUCAACUUCCUCUGAAGGCAACCUGCGAAUUGUAGUCGGAACUAGAGACAAAAUGGUUCAGGUUCUGACGCUCAACACAAGCUCGCAGCUCCAGCCCAUCUUCGCAGUGCAACUUGAAAAUAUGGUGCCCAAGUCAGUAGCAUUUGCAGAUAACCGGAGCAUCUAUGUGUUUGGGCUCUAUGAUGGCAACUUCAUGAAACUGAAGGAUGAAGAUGGCGACAUAGUGCAAGAAAUUAGCUGCAAAUCAGUGAUUGGUCAUGCUGCGGUGUACUCAAAGCGGGGCGUUUUCAUUGUAGAUAAUGCAACAGACGGCUUUACAUUAUAUCGCCUUGAAGGUGAUGGGCAGAUACUUGAAACCCUCCACCACGCGGACACUGGCCUUGUGCAAACAAUAUCCACACGCAAUCUCAAUGGCCGCUGCACAAUUGCCAGCACUUCGCCCGUGCCAGGGCACAGGAAAACUACAAUCAAGAUAUGGGCGUACGACUACGCAGUGCCGAAGGUAUCCAAGGUGCCCUCAGGGGAUUACUGGUCCCUGUCGCACAUACUGGUGAUGUUGACACAACUACUGGCACUGCUAUCUAUGAGUGUCUUCCUGCUGAUAAAUUAUAGAGACAGCUUUUUGGAUAGCGCACUGAACCACCGUGUCCAAGCUGCCAUUAUAUUUGACGAGUAUGUAGAUAUCAAGAAGGACAAUAAGGAAGGGCCGACCGAAGGAUACGUCAAAAACGACAUUAUGAUGCUCUGGGAAUUAGCAGCAAAGCUCAUGGAGCUAGCUCAAGAAGCGGACGGAGAGAUUGACAAAGAUGAACAUAGGGGCAAGCGCAAUACUGAUUACCCAUGA